GCGCGCGCGCGCGGGGGGGCUCGCUCGUUCACACAGACAGGGGAUGCUGAGACAGCGUCACUGCGUCUCUCUUCCUCCUGAAGAAAAUAAAGCGCCGAGAUUUCUUCACCUGCUCGCGCGCACAACCUCAUAUACACACAUAUAUACACAGAUACACACGCGCUCACAGACGAGCGGACGGACGGACAGACAUACAGACGGGCGCGCGCUCGUAGGCAGCCGCGGUGCGCGCGCUACAGCAUGCCCCUCGGGGACUGACCCAGCAGUGUCCGCUGUGAGUCUGCUGUGUGCCGGUGCGCGCGCGGGAGGAUGGGGUACUCGGACCCCACGGCCAGCCGGGAUCUGCUGGGGAACAGAUCCCUGUGCUUCAUCUUCAUCUGCGCGUUCGGGCUCGUGACGCUGCUGCAGCAGAUCCUCUACGGCAAGAACUACAUCAGGAGUGGGCAACAGUUUACCCGCCUCAAAGGAGAGGAGGUGGGCAACUGGAGCGGCCUCGUUAGUUACCCUGAUGAUGGAGGGAUGAAGCCAGCCAGAAAUGGGAGGAAAAGAUGCGUCCGUCAGAAUUUUCAGCACUCAGAGAGCUCCGUAAUAAUCACACCCUGCCUAGCCGAUAUUAAGAAGAAAAAAAAAGAAAAGAGAAGGUAUCUGGAGAGCUCAGAUAGACCCCUCCAGUACAACUCGACCACCUGCAGAGAACUGCGACAAGAAAUCACCGACGUCAAAGUGCUUUCCAUUUCAAGGCGAGUCCCAAGUCAGUACAGGCCAGUCUCAAGUAGAGUUCUGAAUCAGUACAAACAAGAACUAAGGGUGAAGACCUCAGAGUUGUUUGAAAGAUGGAGGAAUCUGCAGGCUUGUAUGUGGGGCCAGAACAAGGAGGAGACUGCCAACUUCAAGAUGUCUCUGUCUCGGUGCUGCAACGCCCCCUCUUUCUUGUUCACCACAAGGAGAAACACUCCUUCAGGAACAAAACUCCGCUACGAGGUCGACACCAGUGGCAUCCUUCACAUCAGCCCUGAGAUUUACAAAAUGCUCCCUGAAGACAUGCCGUACUCCAAGUCCCAGUUUAAGAAGUGUGCCGUGAUUGGAAACGGAGGGAUCAUCAAAAACAGCAAAUGCGGGAAAGAGAUCGACUCAGCCGACUUCGUCUUUCGGUGUAAUAUUCCUCCCAUCUCUGAUAAGUAUGCAGCAGAUGUGGGAACCAAGACUGACCUUGUGACCAUUAACCCAAGCAUUAUCACAGAGAGGUUCCAGAAGCUGGAGAAGUGGCGUAAGCCAUUUUAUGACGUGCUCCUGAACUACGAGAACUCGUCCGUGGUCUUGCCGGCGUUCUACAACAUGCGCAACACGGACGUGUCGUUCCGGGUGAAGUACAUGCUGGAUGACUUCGAUUCGCAGCGCGGCGUGUUCUUCUUCCACCCUCAGUACCUGCUGAACGUGCAGCGCUUCUGGGCCGUGCAGGGCGUGCGAGCCAAGCGGCUGAGCAGCGGCCUCAUGCUGGUCACGGCCGCCAUGGAGCUGUGCGAGGAGGUGCACCUGUACGGCUUCUGGGCUUUUCCCAUGAACCCCUCCGGCAUCUUCAUCACCCACCACUACUACGACAACGUCAAGCCCCGGCCGGGCUUCCACGCCAUGCCUCACGAGAUCUUCAACUUCCUGCACAUGCACGCCCGCGGGAUCGUACAUGUGCACACGGGCGUGUGCAGGUGAUCUCGGUUCCUCGUGGCGCCAGCCGCAGAGCCCACCCCUGACCUGAUUUCCAAACCGUCAGGCUUCACGCGUGUCUUCAGUGGGCUUCCGGCCACGAGUUCUGUAAAAUAAGCAACAGCCAGAGGGUGUCUAAUGGUGUGAGUGUGUGAGAGAGUGUGUAUGGUGAGUGUGUGUGUGUGUGUGUUAAAGACAGGAUCUCUGCCUUAAAGGCCAAAUCUUUUCUUUCACGCUGUGUUUUUGAUAUUGUGCGACUUUGUCAGUGCUGUCGCUACAUGGUUCUUGUUGCAAGGUGAUUUUUUUUGUGGCGUCGUUUUUGUGAAAUUGUGGCUUUAUAUAAUUCACUUUGGAAGAGGGCCAACGUACAGAACCAGUCUAAAGUUAGGACACACCUUAAAUUCAGUGUUUUUUUUAUUACUUAAAAAAUGUUCUGCAUUGUAGAUUAAUACUAAAGUCAUCCAAACUAUGAAGAAAACAAAUGGAAUUCAUUAGUAAACAAAAAAGUGUUAAACAAACCAGAAUAUGUUUUAUAUUUUAGAUUCUUCAUAGUAAGAACUUCUUGCUUAGAUGACAAAUUUGCACAUCUUGGCUGGAUUUUCUCAGUCAGUUUUAUAAGGUAGAGUCACCUGGAAUGGCUUUCAGUUAACAGCUGUGCUGAACUUGUCUAAAGUUUAAACCGAAAUAUUUUAAGAACUUUGCAGUCGCAUUUUACAUUACGAUGGAACUGGCUCUCAUCAGGACCGCCCCAAGAACAGAUGACCAAGAGUUCCCUCUGUUGAACAGGAUAAGUUUAUCAGAGUUACCAGCCUCAGAAACCUUAAGUUAACAGCACCCCAGAUAAGAGAUGAGAGCUAAACAAAAGCUCUCACAGAGUAUUUUGGUUUUUGUAACGCUUUUAAGUUUCACAUAAUUCCUUUUGUGUCAGGAUGACUUGAAUAUUCAUUUACAAAAUAGGAAAUAAAGAAAAAAACAUUGAAUGAGAAGGUGUGUCCAAACUUUUGACUGGGACUGUAGAUCCUUCAGUGACGCUUCAUUUGAUGGCUACCUGCAUAGGAAUUUCAUUACAUAUUCAUAAGCACUGAAUGAUGUAUUUCACAUAUUUCCAUAGAAACGGCUUAGGCUGGUAAUGACACAAGGUGACAGAGGUUCAGUUAUAACACUGCUAUGAAAUCUCUUUCCCUAGUUAUGUCACUUUUAGGGGACAUAUGUCUAAUUAAGCAAAUCUUUCUUUAUAAUUUUCUUCACUACACAUACAGAUUGUAUUGUGGGCAUCUUUUGUUCAGUACAUCUAUUAAAUAUAUUAAUGUAACUUUAUCAUGCAUGCACAUUGUAUUUUAUUUUUCUUCAGCUUGUCUUUUAUUUAAUUAUGUUGAAUUUUGAUGCAUAUUUUGUUCCAUAGUUUUUAAGCUAUUAACAUCUUUCCAGCACCACAUUUUUGUGUGAUUUAUGUGUGUUUCAGGCUUGUAUACAGCCUUUGGAUUGGAUGUACCAUUUCCACAAAGCUGUGGAGUUUGUUUCAGUUGAGCUUUUUUCUAUAGGAAAGAAUUGAGUGCACUAUUAUUUUUUUAUAUAAUUUUAUUUCUAUUUUUUUUUUCAUAUUUCCCUUAAUUUAGCUACUCAGCUGUAUAUCCAAUAGUGAUGCCGCAACAUAAGCUGCUGCUGAUGCAUCAUCACAGAGCACUUGGAGCAAAGCGCAGCGACUCGGUUCUGAUACAUCAGCUCUCACAGAUGCCUUGUGCUGACUGACAUCACCCUUUGGAGUGAUGAGGAGAAAUAGCACCAUCGACCCACCCAGAGAGGCCAAUUGUCCUCUCUCAGAUUCUGGCAGCUGAUGGCAAGCUGCAUGGCUGGGAUUCGAACCAGCGAACUCCCGAUCAUAGUGCCAGCUCUUUAGAGUGCUCUAUUCUUAUAGCAUAAUGGCCCAAACACAGCAGCCAUUUGCAGGCCUGUUGCAACAAGGCAAGCAAACCAAGCAAUUGCCUAGGGCCCCGAGCUGUCCUGGGGCCCCCAGAUAACGACUGGUUAUAAAUUAAAUACGAUAAAAAACCCUGUAAUUAGUUGCUUAGCCAGCCAGCCAAGUUCGUGAUUCCAGCAGCCGGCAAAAUAUAAAUCUUCAGCAAUCGUUAAGCAUGAAGAGUUAUCCAUUGGAAAUCCAGAAAAAAAAGAGAAAGGCAUUUUGCUUGUGGUCCCCAAACACUCUGUCAACCCCCUGGUACAUCAUAUCAACCACCUAAGAUGUCAGUCAUAGAUAGCGACGGCCAAGAAACCCAAUAAUAGCAACACCCUAACUGCCACCAAGCAACACCAUAUAAUCAACAUCAUAGCAACCAGCGAUUCUUUACUUGUCCGUAUACUACUACAGUACAACAAAACUGUUCUUAGAAAACUUAUAGAAAGCUUAACCUGGGCACAGUGCAGGUUCAGCCAUGUUACAGCGCCCCCUGCAGCAGAGGUAAGUGCCUUCCUCAAGUCCCCAACAGAGUGGCAGCUUAGCGGAUAUUGAUCCCUCUGAUCCAUAUCCCAAUGCUCUGACCACCAAGCCACCACUGCCACCAAACAAGCCCCCUCUCUACAGCUCUAUGUUUUUAAGUAUACUUGUAUAAAAAGAUAGUAAAACAGUACUGUGUAUGUAAUACAUUCAGUUUUAGUAUUAUUUGGAAUGAGAAAUCAUUUUACAUUGUUUGUGUUGCAGAAAUCUGUUAAUAAAAACACAAGUAUUGCUUUUUUUUUCAAGUAAGUAUGUUAUUCAGUGCUUAUGUGUGUGUUAAGAAUUCUCUAUGCAGGGAGCCUUCAAAUAAACCUUCACAAGCCUGUGUAAGAGUCUUACAGACACUAAAUAAUAAACAUUAUCAUGAAACUGUAAAUGACUUCUAGCUAUUAUAGAACUGCUUCAUUCUUCGCUAUUUAUCUAUUGCUAUGGUACUUCAGAAGAGACAGGAUGACGUUCUUUCAGAACCUCUCUGGACACCUUUUUAUUAUUCAUGAUGAAAAGCUUCACUCACGAUCACUUACGCAUAAACCUCAACUGUCAGCAAAUGUCUGCGCGGUUGUUUUCAAGUUCAAGGGAACAAUGUCGUUGGCUCAGAUAGUUUAUAAAUAUUUAUAAGCAUUUUAUAAGUAUUGUUAAGCACAGUUUCUGAAGUCUUUAUGAAGCUUACAUGUGGCCCUUUCACAACUCAGCCUUGAGACUGUUCGUCACUCCUGGACUCGCUGCAGACCUCGCUCUGUUCUUCAGAAGAGUCUGGGUGAUCUUUCUGCUAAGCUACAGCUUUAUAUACACAGAUGAAGUUGUUUUGUUUUUGUCUUAUGUCAGUCUUACUUUUGACGUUGCUUGUAUAUACAAAUAUUGAGCUCCUGUUAAGAGGUUAUAAUAUAAAGAGUUUUUUUUAUGACAGCUAGUUGAAAGAUAAAGAGCAUGUCAGAAAAGCAAUAUAGUGCAUAAACAGCAUCCUCAAGCUUGUAUACAUAAGAAGCUCAUAAGAAGCACUUCUUUCACUUCUUUCUUUACCACAAGUGUCAUCCCCAUGUCACCCCUGCAGUGUCUUCUUCCACCUUGAAAGUGGUUGCAGCAAAAUGAACUUUUAUGUGUGUACGUUCAUUGUCAAAAAAAAAAAAAGUUGCACCCAAAAGAAGUGAAUAGAAACACCUCUUUGUCUAAUUUCAACAGGAAGAUACUAGUCCAAAAACUGCUAAAGUGAUACACAGAUACUAUGCCAGGGCCAUCCACAUCGCCAGAUCACUCCCUGUUUGAAAAUUUGUGGGAUGCUAUUGGACACUAUAGUAUCAGCUCUGGAAAAAAUUACAAGAGACCAUCUUCCUCUUGAUUAUAUUCCAGAGUUUCCAAUCAAAGAAAAUCGUCAUUUUUAAAUGGUCUCUUAUUUUUUUCUCCAGAGCUGUAUGUCCAAAAUGAUCCAAACACCCCUUUAAGGUGCCUUUUAAUUGCUAUCACAGGCAUCGAUUGGCCAGUAAAAUGGCAUGGUCUAGAGCCAUAUAAUAUAUAUUCCUAAAGUGACACUAGAGCUCAAUCCAAUACAUUUGGGAUGAGUUAUAGUGGAGGAAUUAAACAUCUAACAGAUCAGAUCUAUCAGAACCUAACCUCACUGAUGCUCCCCAAAGUGUAAAUCUUUUCCAGAAGAGUGGAGGCAGUUACAGCAGAGAAUGAGCCUUUUAGACACUUUGGGCCAGAUUCAUAAAACUGGUAUAUAAACGAUACACUCUUACAUGUGACCUCAGGAACAGGGAGUUAAAAACCUAAAAAGAUUGUGCAUAUUAUUAAGCAAGACCAAAUGCUUGAUUAAGUGUCAAAAUGGACCAAAAGCCUCAAAAUCAGAGCCACGGAUUGCUUUGCAUAAAUGAAGAAGUGCUGAUUAGUGCAGUACAGUAUACAAAUAAUAAGUAAUUAUCUUUUUAUUAAAGCAGCAGUAUGUGAUAUUAGUGUUUUUGGCUCCUGAGCUCCCCCUGCAGCUGGAGUGUGUAAAUUGCAUUAAAUACAAAUCCUGCUGUGCACUUGCCUUUGAUGACAAGCUGAGGUAUACAGAAGUGGUAUCUAAAGUAAAAGAGUCAUGUGAACUGUGACUGUACAGUAAUAUUACAGGAUUUUAAAUUAAUACAGUACAAGACAAAAGUUUGGACACACCAUAAGUUCAGUGCUUUUUAAUUUUCUUAUUGUAUAAGUAAUCUAAAUUAAGAAAAAAAUACCUAUGGAAUUAUUUAAUUGAAUUAAAUUCAACUGAUGCUCUCUUAAUGUGUUAGAGAGCAUUAGUUGAAUUUAUAUACAGUAAAUAACCAUAUUUGAAUAAUGUUUUAAUUCAUAUUAUGGCAACAUCAACUUAACAAAGUAAAGAAAAUAUACUUUAAAGUCAAUUAAUCCUACACAAUUUUAAAAACAAUUUGAAAGCGUCUUCAAGUGCAGUUGCAAAGUCUAUCAUCGGCUAUAUUGAUGAAACUGGCUCUCAUCAGGACUUCCCAGGAAAGGAAGAGCAUAAGUUUCCUCUGUUGCACAGGAUAAGGUCAUCAGAGUUACCAGCCUCAGAAACUGCAGGUUAACAGCUUAAACACAGAUAAAAUUAUUUUGGUUUGUUUAACACUUUUAAGUUACUACAUGAUUUCUUAUGUGUUCCUUCAUAGUCUGGAUGACUCCCGUGUUCCCACGGGUCCUUAAAAUUAAAAUUUUGAUAAUUAAGGUUUUAAAUUGUCUUAAAUUUACUGUAAAUUUGCUGUAAGUAAUUAAACUUUUAGAUGGUGCAUUUAAUGUCAGUGGAAAAGCACAUACUUACAUUAGUGGCAAGUUACUGGGAAGAGAACUAAGGUUAGCCUAGAGCUAGCUAACUUUAGCUGCAAGCUAGCCAACGUUACUGGGGAGAGAACUAAGGUUAGCAGAGUUAACAUUAGCAAAGAGCUAGAUAAAAUUAAUUGGGAGAGAAUUAAGGUUAGUGGAGUUAACAUUAGCGAUGAGCUGGCUAACAUACUAACAUUAGCAGCGAGUUACUGGGGAGAGAGCCAAGGCUAGCAUAGCGCUAGCUAACAUUAGCGGAGCUAGCUAACAUUAGCGGAGCUAGCUAACGUUAUUGGGGAGAGAGCUAGCUAACAUACUAACACUAGUGGCGAGUUAGCUGUGUUACUGUGGAGAAAACUAGGGUUAGCAGAGAGAUAGCUAACAUGCUAACAUGUUCUGCAUCACAGUGGAACAAAAUUGAUAAAGAAAAUUAAAAACAAAAAGUUUUUAUUUUAGUACAAUAAAUUAUUUUCUACUUAAAAGUUAUACUACAUUUUGGGCCUUAAAUUAUAUUUAUUGAGGACUUUAAAAGGUCUUAAAAGGCAUAAAAUUUGACUUCAAAAAAAGCAAGAAUUCUGGACUCAAUAUUAUUUUACAUAUUUACUGGUACUGUAUGUCUUGGGUCACACAGCAUUAUAGGUAGUACUGGAGAGAGUUCGAGUGGAGCAUCUGAUUGAGUCUAAAUCUGCUGUUUUAGGGUAUAACUACUACAUAAUGUUGCUUUAAUAAGGGUGCUUUAUGAAUCUGGCCUGUUGUGUUUUUUGAAAUAAAAAAAUAGAUUAAAAAGGAGUUUAAAGACCUUACAAAUAAGAUGUAGAUAUCAUGAACCGGCUUAAACUAGUGUCAUUUUUAUUGGUACAGUUUCUGUUUCUGUCUCUCUCUGCCCUCAUUUGUGUCUUAUGCCACACUGCCUUUUGGGUGAAGUCACUCUGCACUGCAUGCAUGAAUCACUAUGAGCAUAUUAUUUGCAUCAUUUACUUGGUACGCAUUGUGGACACUGUUGAAAGGGGAUGCGGGAGGGGGACUUUCAGACAGUGAGGACUACUUUAUGAACUGUCCAAGCUUGUACGAAGCUCAGCCUGGAUCUGAUCUGGAAAAGCCACUAUGUACAGUGUGUGUUGGUGUGUGUGUGUGGUAUGUGUGUGUUUCUGCUCACUGGACUGGAAUGUUAUGGACACUGUGAUGCAGAAAAAAAGACAAUUGUUUCGAUACACACAAACUGAACAACUGAUCAGGUGCUAGAGUUCAUCAGUUAAUCAGACCCACACUGCUUGAUCCCCCUCAGUCAGAGAGUUCAGUCUUCGAUCAGAAGCUUCUGUUGCAUAUUUAUAUUUAUAUAUACACAUAUAUAUCUAUAUACACACAUGUUCAUCCAUAUCACUUAUAGGAACAUCCUCAUAUGUGGAUUUUCUACUGUAACGAGCCACUUGUGCACAUAUCCACCACAGUAUCACACAGUUAUAGUUUCGUCUGUUGUUUAUCACUAAAGUGACGGAUAAGAAGGGAAGGGAGAUGUGUUGGUGUCGCCCUGGGGAAGCGCUUCAGACCGUGGCUUUACUGUACUUUGUGCAAUGCGUGUCUUUUUAUCAGAUCUGUAAAUAAAUGAAUUUGGAAUUA